UGAGUCUGCACUAGUUAACAGUCUCCAAACCACAACAGUGUGGAUUAGAUUUCUGGGUGUCUGGAUAGUUUAUUCCAUUUGUACAUCUUACCACCAACACAUCUGAAGUUAACCAACUGACAGCAAUGGAAGACAAUACUGAACAAACAGAUGUUAAUCAAAACAGGAGUGAGAAGCCACCAACCGUAAAAUAUGGAGAGAAUUCAGGACAAAACAAAAAAUCCCUUCCUAUGUCUCCAACUUCCCCUAUGGAAGCGGAGUCAUCUGAACCAAGUGCAGAUCAAGGGACAAGCGCCACCCCUAUGGGAGCAAGUGCCACCCCUAUGGGGGCAUGCGCCACCCCCUUAGGAGCAUCACAGUCAACAUCUCCCAGCUUGGAUCAGACUCUUGAACUACAGCCAGGGUUAAGGCAUCGAACUCGAGCAGUUAGAGACUUUGAUGAAAUGGCUACCAGGUUUCAUAGGGCUGACCCUUCAGAAAACAGGCCUACGCAGCCUUAUGGAUCAUCAAGGCCUAGAAGCAGAGCAAUCGGAGAACCAGAGGAACCCCCUCAGAGCCCCUACAGGUUUGAGCGGCCAUCACGUCCGGAGCCCAGAGAGGAUGAAGAGGAGAUGAGGGGGCCCAUGUCCCCUCGGUCUCCAUUACCAGCAGGAGAUUUGAUUGUGCAGGCUGGAAUCCUGGGGACAGGCCUUUUGGGGGCAGGGAUUGCAGGGAAAGAAUUGGUGGGGAGACAACUCAGACAGGAGGGGCUGUGCUAUACAGCUAGUGGUGAUUCACUCAGCACUGCAGCUCUGGCUCGACCCAUCUGGAGGGAGUUGGGAUGUUUUGAUAUGGAGGUGAGCAUGGGGACAGAGUCCGACUUCCUCUUCCACAAGAGGGCCUGCACCAAGAACCCUAACCACAGGAUGUUUCGUUCACUCCACGACUUCAACGUCCGGGACCUACCCAUAGAGUACCGAGACCAGCAAUUUUUUGACUUCAUCAAACUAUCUGCUGAGGUUGUCGCCCAUGUUGUCGUGGACUGUGUCAGCCCCAACCGACCUUCGGACUACCUACUCUACAACCAACGAGGGCGCAAAUUUCUGCGAGCUGGCACGGGCUGGUUUUGCGGAGAUUAUAAAAUCACCUCUGGGGGCAAAGGCGGGGACUGCCCUUGUCCUGAAUGUAAGCUAUCCGGCAAACCAAAAGACACUUGGGGCAUUUUUGAGCUGUGUACCUCCUCCAUGUUUGUUUACGACAUCUACGAAGCAGAGUCGACUACGGUCAAGCUGUUCUACAAUGAUGAGAAAUACAAGGAGAGGAUCAGUGUUCUGUAUGGGAUGUACCCAGCACCAGAGCAGAGGCACAGCUCAGACCUGAUGUACGUCUCCUGCUGCACCCAUGACAUGAAUGCCAUACUAUCCCUAUCCAACUACAUCCCCAAUGUCAAGAGGCUUCACAAGGAGAUGGUCUGGCAUUUCAGCAAGAAGGAAAAACUUCUGGCGCUAAUCAUCUCACACCCACAUGGGCGAUCAAAGAAAAUUUCAUUUGGUACGGAACUGUAUCGCAGGAAAAUCAUGAUCCUGAGCAGGCAUGUUAAUUUUACAGCAUACACGUAUUACGUGUCUACCUGCAGGGGGAGCUGUGGGGCUCCGGUCAGGGUGUACGGCAACGUUGGUUACAUUUAUAAAGAGAAUCACGUCCACAUAGAAUCUGAGCGAGACAACAGGGGCAGGAGCGGCAUGGCUGUGGAGUGUGACCCUAGGUUUAUCUCACUGCCAGAUCCUUUUGCAUCGCCUUCUCGGGCUCAACCCUUGUAACAAGUUACCUCUGGAUAAUCAGAUCUUUAUUUUCAUAACAACAAAAAUGUCAUUAGUUAUGACAAGUCAUACAGUAUUUCAA